AUGAUUCCAGACGAACGGGCGAUUGAGAAAUUUCAGACAAAGUUCCUGCCAAUUACCGAUGAUGACUUGGUCAAGCUUGAGAAAGCUGAGGCUGAAAUAAUGGAAACAACAGUGGAAGUUAAAGAAGAUGAGCCAGUCGAGGAAAAAUCGAGCGACUUGCACGAAGAAGUAAUAAUGGAGAAAUUAAAGUACGAUCAUCCACCGCCGUAUGUAAUGCCGUCGAAGAAGGCACUUUGCAUUUUGCUGGAAGCAAAACGAGCAAACAAGUCGAUCCCAUCUCUGGUAUCAAGAUUCUCGAUCGAUUCCAGGCUGCAAGUCAAGAAAAAAGAUGACUUUUCUCCAGACUACUUGAUAUCAGCCGCGAUUGUGUCGUUGCCGCAAGACACGAAACCCUCUAAAAUGAUCAAGUUAUUUUCUACCAAGUAUUUAUACUCGAGGUUGUCGCCGAUUCGUAUGAUGCCUCUUCGAGCCAUCGACGAGAGUUACAUUCACAGCGAAGACAUCGAUAAACGAUUUGACGAAGAACAUCAAGUUCCACAAAAAGUUUCAGAAAGAACUGAACGUAAAGUGUUGGCGAAAUUACCAGUGAUACCUUACACCGAAAAACCGGUCUCUGCGUUAAUACCAUUCGGAACUUCGAUCAGGACACCUGUUCCACCGUUGAAAUACUUGACAUGUCUCGAUGAGCGAAAGCAGAAGAGGAUGUCGAGUGCUGAAAGAGAAUCAGCCGUCGGCAAGAAGAGCUUCUGUGACGCAGAAAAGCUUCUGUUCAAGAUAAUAUUUCCCAAUUUUGAUCCCUCCUUACAAUUGCCGGAAGAGAGAGAUGUCGAACAGAUGGACGAGACAAAGAGGAAGAAAAGGAUAGUUAAAAUGAGAGAUGAAGAGGACAAGCAUUCGAUAUCUGAGGCUAUUGGCUUUGAAGUUGUAAAUGAAGAUAUGGAGAUAUUACGAGGCAAAUCGUGUUUGACGGAUCGCACGCGUGUGGAAUCUUCGCGCUUCAAGCCGUGCUACUUCUCUGCUAUGUUAUGCAUCUUAGCAAAAAUCGCAAUGGAUGUGAAUUGCUUUCGCGACGGCACUUUGGACCGGGUGAUUCUCCUCACCGACAAAAUAAAUCGACGCGUCGGCAAACUGCGACACAAGGAUUACGAGUGGUUUCGCGACGUGAGCAUAUUCAAUGUGAAUUUCAAUGUUAUUCUGAAGGAGACCAUUUACGCCGACCCCGAAAGUUCUCCAUUCGACGACCUCGAUACGGUCAUCGAGAAAUUUCUGGAUAAGAAUCGUACCGGCAUACUCGUGUUAGAGAAUUGCGCCCAUGCGUUUUGGACGGCGGACGACAGGUAUUAUCUCUUCGAUCCUUAUCCCUGCGACGAGAGGGGAAACGCGAACGAGGAGGGUUAUUGCUGCCUCAUGAGAUUUCGCGACUUGAAGUCUAUGGUCGGUAGAAUUAAGCAAAGCGCUGGUCAGGCUGUAAGGAAACCAUUUGAUCUUUACACCGUGUGUAUCACUCAUCUCGAGGUGAAAGAGCGCAAACGGAAACGAGGAAGAAAAAGUCAGAGGCAUCGCAUAGAGAAAACGGAGGAGCCGGUUCGUGCGGUUUGUACGGAGGAUAAACGGUACGCGGCGACACCAUCUACUGAUUCGGAAUCAUCUCUGAUCGAGUUAGCCGAGUGGGUUACAUCGGACACAGGAUCGGAUCCACGUGAUGACAUUACUAUCGCCGGUUUCACGCCGGUGCGGCAUCACGAAGCCUCGAUAUUUGAAGUGGUUGUCUUGGAGGAUGACAUCACGACGCCAACGCUGGCGCCUUUUAAAAAAUUACUAAGAACGUCGGAGGGUGAUUGCGCUAAUCAGGAAACAACGAUGCAAAGAAAAAGAACAUACGAAAGGAUAUUUCGAAAUCACACAUCCUUCGCGAUUCCUAUUGAUCUCUGCGUCAUGGCGUGGUCCUUGAUUCACGACCCUAUAUCUUGGUCGAAACGGACCAUCGAUGCUUUACUCGAAGCUAGCGCUGAUUAUGCUUUUGACAGCGUGUUAGCGAGCGAGGACACUUCCGUGAACAAUAUGACCGAUGCUUUAUUACCGGAACUCGAGAUAGGAAACUACACGUUUCGAGCGGUAUUUGCACCUCUGCAUUAUGGGACCUUGUACGCCGUGGAGGGAUGGAAUUUGGCGAUGACCUUGGAGAAGAUAUUCGAAACGAGGAUCUACACGGGUGCAAUAAUCGUCUGUCGCUACGCUCAUGUGGGCGUCACCAGGAAAGGCAGGAACUAUUUUGCAUGGUGGACCGUCGUGGGCACGAAAAGUCUGAGGAUAAUCACGUCCAGCAACAGGGCCGAAUUCCUCAAGCUGAUCAUUAAAGAGGUCGACGAACCCCGAGAAAUAGAAUUCAUAGUGCGAGCGGUCACGGUAUCUUACGCUUGUAAAAUGGAUCCGGACUGCAGUGACGUCAAGGGUCUCCACGAACCAAUAGCACCGAUGACGUCUUUAGCGGAGAUUUAUCGAAUGGAGCCGGUUUUCCAUGACGUCCAAGCGCUUUACAGACCAAUCGAUUUGAUGGCGAAACCAUUCUUUGUACUCGGAACGGUAUCAUUGAGCGAUCGAGAUAGCCUGGUGGAGCCGCGAGCGAAACGCUGUUACUUCGUUGCACUAUUAGCCGUUAUGAUAAAAAGAGACAUCAUUCAGUCCCCCAUUCCAAGUAUGAUCGACAGAGUCCUUGAAGUAGCGGAGAACUUAUACAGAAGAUUCUCUGAGCCCAAGUUUCACACAGAGCACAUCCUGCGGAAUGUCCCGCUAAUGAACAGAUUUUUUGAUCUUCGAGACUGCGCUUCGCCUUUAAUCACGCUGACGAGGAGUCCCGGCAAAAACGACUUUUAUGUACAAGUAAAGAAACACUUGAAACGUCAUUUCAAGACGUACACAAGCGGUGUACUGCACUUCACUAAUUGCUGCUACGGCUUCUGGUUCUCAAGAGCGACGAGAUCCUAUUAUUACUUAGAUCCUUACCCGUGCAAUGCGAAAGGCAGAAGAACCUCGGCAAACGGCAAUGCCAGUCUGUGCAUCUUCUCCUUUUUGUGUCAGAUGGUACGACAUAUGUGUCUCAAGCAAUAUGAAGGUACGACCGGAUUCUUCAUCCACAGACUUCACGUGGAUUCCAUCGACAGUCCACCGUGCGAAAAGUUCCAAGAAGACCCGAUGUGGGUCUACUUAGACUACCAUUGGAAUUUCGCGCAUUCGACUUCAUCGAAAUCGUCCGAAGAAACGAAAGACAACGUUAAGUCCGAUUCAUCGAGGAGUGAACGACGAUUUUGGAAUAGAUACGUGAUCGAAGUGACCGAUCUGAUUUACUCCGUCUGGGGUACGAUCGGCGCGUACGAUCGCAGGUUUGGCGAACGAGCUGGGAGAAAUCGCGCCGGCAUAUGCGUCGCUAUUCUCGCCAUGCAACACCUUUGUCAUCCGUCGCGGUGGAGCCCUGCUAUUCUGGACUCGGCCGUGAUCCGUGGGGAUUCCUACUACACGGAGAGCUUGAGCAGCGCAGCGCGGAAGUGCUCGGGGCCCUCAAAUAGAUUCCGGCUGCGUACCUCCUUGAGAAUGUUCCCACAUUUAUGGACCGUGGAUUUCAGCACGAGUGUAUGCGGAGUUCUAUACGGCGAUCGAGAUAGAUUGACGCUGUCUGCGACGUUGAGAUUAGCUUUCGAGGAAGCUCGCAAUGUGAUCAUCGAGUGCAACGAGAUCACCUUGGCUGCGUUAGCCGCUAAAGAUGCUUAUUAUGUCGCGGAUCCAUGCUGGAUCGGCCCGCCAUUGUUUCCGAGAGAUCACGGCGCGAUCUACGUUCUACGUUGCAGCAACAUAAAUGUGCUGAUAUACGCAAUAACAAAAAUGUUCAAUACCAAUUUGAGGCUCGACGUUCGCGUCACGCCGUUGACCUUGUCCUUUGAUCGGGAGAACUUCGAUAUGGAUCUUGAGUUUUGCGUCGCGAAGAGGAUCCUGCGAAAAACCGCACGAAAAGCUCCGGGAAAGACCAAGGCGUCUAACAUAACCAUCCCCGGAGCAGUCGUGGUGCCCGAUGAAAGCUCUUACCUGCGGUACGAACGGCAUCUCGCUAAAGGUGUUACUAUAGAUCUUCAACAACGCUAUACGUUACCUACCUUACGUCCUGAAAACGCGAACAACAUGAUCGUCAGCACCAAGUGGCACUUGAAUCUUGGCCAAGCGUGUCCUUCAAAAAAAGACCCCGUGGAGCGUUUUCCCUACGCAAUUGAUCCAUUUGAAGCGCAUCAGUUGCAAAUUUCCGUCGCGGAUUUAAUGGCUAUUUGCGACGACUAUCCAAAAGCGAUAGACUUCGCUAGCGACGCUCUUUCACCCGGAAUAAUGUCGCUCGAGUGCACCGGCACAGCGAAGCGUAGUUUCAUCCGAGAAGAAAGCCGCACGGAGUUUAAUGAGCGCGUCGCGGAAAUGUCGUCGGAUUUCUACAAGAAUUAUCGACAUCAUUUGCCGAAGCAAAAAGAAGAUAGAGUUAAGAAAAAUUCCGAAACACAAAUCGAGGUGAAAUUGAACGAAAUGACUAUCGACGUCACGGUAGACACCGGCAAAGAGAAUAAAUUUCAAAUGGAGACGGAAAGUGAGAUUACAGAUGUCCAAGACGUGCAAUAA